AUGAAGGAAACCAUGCAGUCUCACCGCAAACCCGGCCGCCGUCAGCCAGGAAGAGCUGCUAGGAAUACCGCCAAAUCGUCAGAAGCCAAUAUAGGAGAAAUUAUGGACUCGCGUAAUUCAUCGGCCAUUGACAAAUCUCAAGUAAAGUCGCGAGCUUCAGCUGCAGAGCAAGCUCAACUACUAGGCCUAAAUGGCCCUUUGACUCCCACCACGCCAACGAGUACCAAGUCAUCGAAGGGGAAAUCUCAUGGUCAUGGCAAGAAGAAGUACAUGGAUGACAUCCUGGAGGAUAAUAUUGACGAGGAGAUCAAAAGAGGAAAGCGAUGGAUCCCCGACUUAGCGCACCGAAAGCGGCCAAAUAGCCAACCCCUCGGCGUCCCCUUCGCACUUUGGACUGCAUAUAAGCAUCUUGACGACUACAUGUACAGACACUCGCUCUCAAAUGAGGACUUGGAGGCUUUACCUCUGUUAGAGGACGUACACCAAUAUCAAGACAGCGACGGAAAAUUGCCGCAGCCCAUAACACCUCCGGGCUUUCAGUGGGACGAGAACCUUGAGUUAGUACCACUAGAUGGCUAAUGCUGUGUGUUUGGCUGAUAGAACACACGUUGCAACCGGCUACGGACCUCAUCAAACCCACAUACAAAGGGGCACGCUCUUUCAUCUAGGUAGUGAUAGCACAAAGCCUGUUACAACCAUGAGUAGCGAAAUUCGAUUGUUAUUUGAGUGCACAUAGAAUAUUGAUCUGCUUUUUCUCAUCUACGAAUGAGAUGUAUAU